UUAGUGUAAACACUACCGGGGCAUUCUUGAGUCAACACGAACGGCUAUUGCAAAGACAGAACAGCAGGAGUUACGGCGAUUCUACAGACUAGCAGGGAAGCUGACUGCGUUGAGUCUGAGUAGCGUUACGUCAACACGAAGGGCCAAAGACGUAACAACAGGAGUCACGGCGAUUCUACAGAAAGGGAAACUGACUGCGUUGUGUUAUCUCAGUCUGAGUGAGUCUCCCCGUGAAGAGUGACAACCUCUGGAUCACCACCAUGGCGCUGGAGUUCCUCCCUGUCCCCUUGUCGUGGGUCCUUCUGGCACUUCUGGCAGUUCUCUUUUACCUGUAUGCAGUGCGUCCCUUAUGGGUCUUCAAGAAGAUGGGUGUUCCAGGACCCACCCCUCUGCCCCUUUUAGGGAACAUGCUGACAAUUAUGAAUGAUGGUAUCUGGAAUCCAGAAGCAUCGAGACAGCGUGUGCAACUGUACGGUAAAGUGUAUGGGAUUUUCUUUGGACGGUCUGCAAUACUCACGAUAUCCGACCCAGAGAUGCUCAGGGACAUCUUCGUGAAAAAGUUUCAUGCCCUCAGCAACACCCAGACUGAUGCAGUGACGCUGGAGACAAAACCCAGUGGCCGCAUGCUGAUCAACCUGAGGGGCGAGGAUUGGAAGGAUGUACGAAGCACAUUGAGUCCAGCCUUCAGUGGGGGCAAACUGAAGAUGAUGAUGCCAGCAAUAAACACCUGUGCUGACCAGCUUGUGCAGAAUAUUGCAAAGUUUGCAGAAACAGGGGAGUCCUUUGACACCAAAGAGCUGACAGGUGCAUUUACUAUGGACGUCAUCGCCAGGACUGCCUUUGGUACCGAGAUUGAUUCCCAGCGCAACCCACAGGACCCUUUUGUUCUGAUGGGCAGGAAGGCAUUUGACAUUAAGAUGUCAAGUCCAAGCUUUUUGUUGCUCUUCAUGUUCCCCUCCAUCAUGAAGCCAAUCCUGGAAUGGCUGAACAUUGACCUCUUCCCAAGAGAUGCCACCAGCUUCUUCUAUGGCAUCUUUGACCAGCUCAUUGGGCUUAGGCAGAAGAGUGAUGAGAAGGGACGGGUUGACUUCCUGCAGCUGAUGAUGGAUGCUCACAAAGAUGCAGACGAGGAAGAAGAGGAUGGUGUCAAGUUACAUGGGCAGAAACAUGCUCUGACCAGAGAUGACAUCGUUGCCAAUGGCUUUCUCUUCUUUGUUGCGGGCUACGAGACAACUGCAACUUCGAUGGCCUUUGCGUUGUACAACUUUGCACUCAAUCAGGAAGAGCAGGACAAGGCUAGGGAGGAGGUCAACAAGAUCAUGGAGAACAGAGACCUGAUUGACUAUGAGGCAGUGCAUGAGAUGUCAUACCUGGAGAUGUGCUGUAUGGAGACCCUGCGCUUGUAUCCUCCCAUACCAAAUACUGGCCGAGUGGCAUCUGAAGAGGUCAAAGUUCAGUGGCUGACCAUCCCCAAGGACAUGAUGGUCAUUGUACCCGUCAUCGCCAUCCACUACGAUCCUGAACGCUGGCCAGAACCGAAAAAGUUCAUCCCUGAAAGGUUCACCAAAGAAGCUCGUGAGAAGCGGGAUCCGUACAACUGGCUGCCGUUCGGCGCGGGACCGAGGAACUGCAUCGGGAUGAGGCUGGCCAUGAUGGAACUGAAGGUUGGACUGGCCAAGAUCCUGAUGAAGUACCGCUUCAUGACGGCUCCUGAUACUGAUAUCCCCCUGAAGAUGAAGAAGGGUAAUCAGUUUCCACUUCCCGAGAACGGCAUUCGUCUGAAAGUUGAGCUGAUCAACAAAGACAAUUGACUCCUUCAAGUCCUUUAAAGUCAAUCACAAGUGUCUUAGAUACUAGGCCGUAUUCUGAUUUUGUUAUAUCGUUUAUAUAUCACCAGUAGGAUUGAAAUAUACAAUAUUCAAUGGGGGCACAUGAUAGUUAUGAUGCAUGAUUUUGUGUGAUACAUGUAGCUGUUAUACUUAUACCAAUGAGCUUUGUUUUUUGUAUGCUUAGAAUAACAUUGGACUGAACAGGACUUCAUAUGUGUAUUUUCGUAUGUGGGGCUAUGUCCUUGGUACUGAAUGUGUUGUUAUGAAGAUACAGACUUGUUUUGUAUGUUCAGCUUGCAUAUCUUCAAAAGACCUUGAGGGAAGAAUGCAUUGAUGAUGACUACAUAGGGACCAAUAAUUCUAUGUAGAUCUUAGCCUGACCGAUCAAAUUCAAUGUAGAGCGUAAUUGAUGCAGUAUUUGCAAAGGUAACUGGAACCUAGAUUCAGUAUAAAGUAUUCAGAACUAGAGUUCGGCGACCUCAUACCUCCAUGAAAUAUUUAGAGCUUUUGUAAAGUUUAUGCAAAUGACUUGCAGAUUUACAUGA